AUGGGACCUAUGUUCGGUGUAGCUCUUCCGGCCAGUACGGACACGAGUUCUACGGUAGAGCCGAAAUCGGAGCAGACCAUGCCGCAGGCUCAGGUAGACUCAAUCGACACCCAAGUGGCCAACGACGAUGCCGAGCCCGACACGAAGGCACCCAAAGGCACUCCGCAGCCUGCGACACUUCGAAUUCUAGUGGGGGUCGUGCAAACGUUGCAAGCUGUCAUCUCCUCUGACUUAGAAUUGAGUUCGCUUGCUCAUACGGUCACGGAGCUGAUGAUGAGCACCGACGCUCUCACAAAGAACCAGUUGAAGAGCGAAGAAAACAGCUCCAGUACGCAGUUGUCGGAGCAUGUCUCGAAGGCUGUGGACCCCGCAGCACUCGCUGAACUGGAGAUCUUGCGCAAAGCGCUGAACUUGAGCUUGAUGACGAACCCCUGGACCAUGCAGACGUCGGGUAUCGGUAAUGCCUCUGCCACUCCAGCGCCAAGCCCGGCAACUACGGUUCCAUCUACAGGCACUUCGGCGCAGCUGCAACGCCCGCCGCUGGCUUAUACAAAGGGCAAUCCGUGA